GACAGAUGUCCACUCACGGAGAUACUCCGCCAGUCUUGUUCUGCGUUCGUGCUCAUCUUAGAUGACCAAUACUUCUCUGUAUUGACAAUAGCCUCCUAAGACCUGAUGAUAUCUCGAGUAACGUCUCGACUGCAACAACUAGCAAACCAAUUCCGAAUUCCUUCGUUCAGACCAGCACCAAGCCAAUUACCGGCAACCGCAAAAGCAUACGCAACUAUGACGGACCACUCGAAAUGGAAGUUCAACCAUACAAUGCUGCGGGUGAAGGACCCUCAGAAGUCUCUUGACUACUACAAGCUGCUCGGACUGAGUCUGGUCAACAAGAUUGAAUUCCCAGACAACAAGUUCGACUUGUACUUUCUUGCGUACGACGGGCCUCAUUCAGCCUCGUCCGGCAACCACUGGACCGACCGCGAAGGCGUCCUCGAACUCACCCACAAUUACGGUUCGGAGAGCGACCCCAACUUCACCAUUAACAAUGGCAACAAAGAUCCCCACAAGGGCUUCGGUCACAUCUGCGUGAGCGUGGAUAACAUCCAAGCCGCUUGCCAGCGGAUCGAGGAUGCGGGCUACAAGUUCCAAAAGAAACUCACAGAUGGGCGCAUGCGGAGUAUUGCCUUUGCUCUCGACCCAGACGGGUACUGGGUCGAAAUCAUCGGGCAAAAGAACGUCGACGAGACAAAAGAUAUCAAGACGACAGACACAUCAGCAUAUCGGUUCAACCACAGCAUGAUCAGAGUGAAGGACCCGGAGAAGAGUUUGAAGUUCUACCAAGAGGUCAUGGGCAUGACUCUGCUGCGGACAUCCGAGCAAAAAGAGGCGGGCUUCACAUUAUACUUCCUCGGAUAUCCAGGCGACUUCGCCAUCCCGAAACCAGAAGAUACUCCGAAUGGAGUCAACCCAUUGGCGGGCAAGGAGGGUCUCCUAGAAUUGACCUGGAACUACGGCACCGAGAAGCAGGACGGCAAAGUCUACCACAACGGCAACGACCAGCCACAGGGCUUUGGCCACAUCUGCAUCAGCGUCGAUGAUCUAGACAAGGCAUGUCAAUUUAUGGAGGAGAAAGGAGUCAAUUGGAAGAAGCGAUUGACUGACGGAAGAAUGAAGAACGUUGCUUUUGUCCUCGACCCCGAUGAGUACUGGGUUGAGAUCAUCCAGAAUGAAAAGCUCAAGAAGUCGAACGACUGGUGAAAAGUCUGUAUAUAAAUACUUUCGGAGGAAAAGUGCUUAGCCCAUCAGAAUGAUUAUCGAAAUGCAUUGCUAUAAUCCAC